UCCUUCCACUAAAUGGGCGGAGUCUCGUGUAUCAGCGCUAGUAUGUGGUUAUAUCAGAGAGCGCUGUUGAUCGGCGCACUGGGCAGCAAGAGCUUGACUAGAGCCAUGUGUGCCCAAGCCAAUGACUGGAAGUCUGCCAAAUCCAUCUACGAUUUCUCAGCUAAAGACAUCGAUGGAGAGGAAGUGUCUCUGGAGAAAUACAGGGGUUACGUGUGUAUUAUCACUAACGUAGCCUCCAAAUGAGGAAAGACUCCUGUAAACUACACUCAGUUUGCGGCCAUGCACGCCACGUACGCUGAGAAAGGUUUACGCAUCAUGGGCUUUCCCUGCAACCAGUUUGGAAAGCAGGAGCCCGGGACAGAAGCGGACAUAAAGGAGUUUGCUAAAGGCUACAACGCAGAGUUCGAUCUCUUCAGCAAGAUCGAGGUGAACGGAGACGGCGCUCAUCCUCUCUGGAAAUGGAUGAAAGAGCAGCCCAAAGGCAAGGGAACUCUGGGAAACGCCAUCAAAUGGAAUUUCACUAAGUUCCUCAUCAAUAAAGAAGGUCGGGUCGUGAAGAGGUACGGGCCGAAUGAAGAUCCCAGCGCUGUUGAAAAGGAUCUGCCUGCAUACCUGUAGCCAUCCGGAUCAAACCCGAUCUCCGCGUGUGUGUGUGUGUGUGUGUGGCACUCGUCUCCUCUCUGGCCUCGACUGGACGUCGGCAGGGUGAAGCCCAGAUCUGUGACGGCCGUUCCUCAAGCCUGUGUUCAGGAGGGGACGGCCUGAUGGCCUCCGGCGUGCAAAUCCUCUGGGAUCGACCCGAUGACGUCCAGACGCGCUCCAGAGACGAGAUCGGUGCUGAAGAUCUCACACGUGCUCCUAAAGAACGUUUACAUGAUAUUAAACCGUAGCGUCACAACA